UGCAUUACACAGACGCGAUUUGGUAGGUGAUGUUUCCUCUGAUUUUGUCUCCAUUGUAUCUCUAAUUCGAUAGCGCAAUGUUUUACAUAACUCAUGGACAGAUAUUGCAUGCAUUCUUGGAUGGUAUCAGAGAACAAGCCCAGCCUAUCUGAAGACGUGUGACAAAGACGACUUGGAGAGUCAUGGAUUUCCCAGGGCACUUUGAGCAGAUCUUCCAGCACCUGAACUACCAGAGGCAGCAUGGACAGCUGUGUGACUGCGUGAUCAUGGUGGGCAGCCGUCACUUUAAGGCCCACCGCGCUGUGCUAUCCGCCUGCAGCACACAUUUCCGAGCCCUGUUUACUGCUGCAGAAGGAGACGCCAGCACGAGAAUGAUCCACCUGGACUCUGAGGUGGUGACGGCUGAAGCAUUUGCUGCUCUCAUGGACAUGAUGUACACAUCCACGCUUAUGCUAGGGGAGAGUAACGUGAUGGAUGUGUUAUUGGCCGCUUCCCACCUGCAUCUAAACGCUGUCGUGAAAGCCUGUAAGCACUAUCUAACAACUCGCACUCUGCCCAUGUCUCCUCUAGCAGAUCGCGGCAGCCAGCAUCACUCCGAGCAGCAACAAGUAGCAACAGCCGCUAACUCUCACCUCCAACGCUCAUUUCUGCUGCAGCAGCUCGGCCUGAGCCUGGUCAGCUCUGCUCUGGGUGGGGCUGAAGAUGGGGGCACGGGGACCGGGAGGCGAACAGGUUCAGCGUGCGGGAGCGCAUUAGUGGAUCAGCGUGGUUCUCACCCAACACGGCGUUUCCUGAAGCGCAAACAGCCCUUGUCUCUGAUCGCUCCUGAACGGGUGAGGCAGCGCCUCUCCUCACAGGUAGAGGGGAUUGUGGGGGAUGGAGAAGGCAGAGAGUGUGGAGAGAAGCUUCUGUCACCAGACUCCCACAGUAAAAUGGGAGAGGAGAUCGUCGCUGGGGUCAUUCCAGGACAUGAUGGAGGUUUACUAAUGCAAGAUGAAUACCAAAGGGGAUUGAACCAUGAAGACAUGCAGCUUCCCAGCCAAUCAGAUGGGGGAAGGGGAGCUGGAGCAGGACAAACUUUGCUGUUGCCACAUAAAGAGGAGUACAGUGAUGGGAUAAAGGUUAAGAGUGGAGGUGAGGAAGAGGAGCAGCAGCAGCAGCACAUGCAGGUCCUGGUAAAGAGUGAACCACUGAGUUCGCCCGAGGAUGAGACCAGCGAUGUAACUUCCCAGGCAGAAGGGAGUGACCAGGUGGAAACAGUUGGAGAAAAGCUGGAGCUGAGUCCAGAGGGCAGUGAGCGCAGUUUCUCUGAACCGCAGCCCAGCUCCGAACUGCUGAUUAAAGGAAGCAAGGGAUUAGGAGCAGGAAGAGAGAGAGAAGGAAGAGGAGAGGCGCUCUCCUGCAGUGAUGCUUUGGAGUCCUCCUCCGGAUUGCAUAUCUCCAGUUUCCUGAGCCCAAAUAGCUUUGCUGGCAGAGUGGUGUCAUCUAAACUAGCCACAAGUGUUGACAACGUUCCCAACACUACAACUGGCGAGUUUCAAACUGACCACGAUCCUGCUCACUUUUUCCUUCCAGCUGAUUCUGUCAACACUGCAUCUUCCUCCUCGCUGCACCUUCUCCCAGGGGAGUCACAGGUCUAUUCCGACCUGCAACCAGAAUCACUGCUUCUGCGGCCACUGCAUGAUGGAAUACCAUCAUCAUCAUCGUUGGUGACAUCUCGCACCGGUGCUGUAGACCAGCUAGCGCUGGAGUUCCAGCGCAACAUUUUGGGGUUGCAGACGUUUCCUCGUUCAACAAGGGGUGGUGCUGGAGGGUGCCACUCAUACCGACGCAUUGCUCCCAAAGUGCCGUCGGGCGGUGCGUCAAUGCACACAGAUGUUUCCCAGCAACAAGAAACUGCCUCCUCGUCCUCUUCCUCAAUGCUUCUAAAUGGGGUCAACUUUGAGGGCUCUGUUUCUGUAUGUCAAAACAGUGGCAACUCCAACUUGAACCUACUCCCCCAGUUAACUAGAGCCUCUGCGGAUGUUCUGUCGAAGUGUAAGAAGGCACUUUCAGAGCACAACGUGCUAGUGGUGGAAGGUGCCAGGAAGUAUGCCUGCAAGAUCUGCUGCAAGACUUUUCUCACUCUGACUGACUGCAAGAAACACAUCAGAGUUCAUACGGGGGAGCGACCAUAUGCCUGUCUGAAAUGUGUUACAUCCUGCCCUGCUGUUUCGUUCAAAGACUUAAGUCCUUGACUGUCUUUUGACUUUCCCGUGGAUAAAGAGAAUAAGUGAAAAUGAACCAAUGUGUAAAACAUUGCACCUUCGGUCUUUAAUGUUGGAUGUUUUGUGGACUUAAAUCUUUUUAAAAAAAGAAACUAUUAUUGCUGUAAAUGGAAAAAAUAAAUGAUGUUGCUGUCUUUUGGUUGUCAUUGUAUUGGUGGUUGUUAAUAGGAAGUGUUGGAGUUGUUUUUAAAAAUAAUAUAAGUCUUGUCCCAGUGUUUUGUGAGAAAUGCUGUCUUUUGUGACGUGUUUGGUGCUGUACUGUGGGUAACGGGAGUCCUCUGAUACUCCAACUAACUAUAUAACUGUUUAAAAGAUUUAGAAGCUACUUUUAUUAACACAUUUCAACCUGUAAAUAAGCUGCCUUACUGAAAAUCUUUUAUUUGUCUGUAGUAAUGCAUUUGAUGCUGUUACAAUUGAGGUAAAUACUGACCCUAUUUGAAUUGUUUUCCAAAGUGUAUACUAAUGCAAAUCAUAACUUAAUCCCUUAUCAAAGACUUAAACCUGGCAAAUUUGUGCAAAGCAAAAUUAUAGGUAUUGUACUUUAUUUUUUCAAACCAUUCAUCCAUAUUAUACAUAUGUGCCUGAGUGUUUUUAACAUGAAUGUUGAAAAAUGAAUGUUAUGUUUGUAUCAUGUUUGAACUCUCAAUUUAAAAUGUUUAAUUUAUGUACAUAUCGUGUGUACACUGUAUAAACAAAAAUCUUUAACAAAAACAAAAAGUUUUGGUAAAAAUAACUGCUGAAUCACAAUGGAAGUAAAACAACUGUGUUAUGUGAUCUUUUGAACGAUGUGGCUCAGAUCUAGAGAUGCCAAAACUGAAGAAAUGAAUGUUUGUUUGUGGAAUUGCUAUUACUAAUUGUACAUUGUAAGGACACUUGUUUUUUUGGUUUUUUCUUACCAGUUUAACAAUGAAUUUAAAAAAAAGUGAAUAAAAUAAUGAAAAAUGUUA